AUGGCCCAGCGUGUUUCGCACGAGAGGGUAGAGGAGCAGCGAGUGCAGAUGCUCGAGCAUGAAAAGCAGGUCGCGCAGUUCCGUGACUGCACCGCGCUCCUCGAGGGCUCAGGCCAGGACAACCAUCUCGGCGUGACCAAGCUGGGCGGGAACGUGGUCGGCGACUUUUUGAUCAACGUGCGUCCGUCCGCUCAGACCCCUGCGAUCCGCACGUUCCUCAACCUGCGCAGUCCUCCCCCGUCCAGAGCCGUCACCAAGACCAUCGCUGAGGGCGUCGUCAACUGCCUCAUCUCCCCCAAGGCAAACAUUCGGCUCACGAUCCCCUCCGCGCACGUGCUCGCCGCGCCCCGCAGGCGAUUCCAACGUCGGCGCCGUCCGGCGCCGGCAGACAUUCUCCGCUGCCACCAAACCCUGCUCGACCAACACCUCCCGCUUCUUCCCCUCCAAGCGGCCGGACCAUCGCCCGCAACGCCCCGGCUCCUUUACGGGACAAAGGACUACGUCCUCGCACCCUAG